GCAUUUUAUAAAAACCACUUAACAGGUUCCGAGAGUGACCAGACCAGUUACGACUCAGGGCGUAGGCAGAGCAUGCCACUUACAUAAAUAGUUAUAAUUUACAGAACGCACACUACCGACCAGGAGUUUGCAUUGCCUCUCACUGUUGAAUCCUUGACAUGCCUUUCCAAUUUCCUUUGAAAAUUUCCACUACGGAAAUGCACACCGGUGGACAACCGAUACGAGUGGUAGAAAAUGGAAUUCCUGAACUGCAAGGUGCGACCCUGCUCGAGAAAAUUAGCUUCAUGAAAAAUAAUCUGGAUGAAUACAGAAAAUUGUUGAUGGGCGAGCCGCGAGGUCAUUAUGAAAUGUUCGGUGCAAUAAUAGUUUCUCCAGAUAUUGAAUCUUGCGAUUUCGCCUGCAUUUUUAUCCAUAACGAGGGAUAUGCAACGAUGUGUGGCGAUGCAGUAAUUUCCUUGAUGCGGUAUGCCAUGAAAAAGGGGCUCGUCAAAAAUGUCACCUUGCCGGAGACCCAAGUCAACAUCCAGUGUCCAUGUGGUCCCGUGACUGCUUACGUCACAUAUGACGGCCAGAGCACCGGUGCCGUCAGGUUCCAAAGUGUUCCGUGCUUUGUCUUCCAAACAGACCUAACCUUGGAGGUUCCUAGCUAUGGUCAGAUAACGGUGGAUAUUGUUUAUGGUGGCGCAUUCUACGCCAUCGUAUCGGCUGGACAAUAUUGUUUAGACAUCAGAGAAUCUAAGGUGUCAGAUCUAAGGGCGGCAGCUGACGCAACUACAGACAUUUUGAGAAAACAAUUGGAAUUGUCCCACCCAGAGACAGAGGGUGUGUCAUUCGUGUACGGUACGAUUCUGACGGACGGAAACGACGACUACUCAGAGGAAAUCACAGACACUAUGUGUGUUUAUGCUGAAAAACAGGUUGAUAGGUCACCUUGUGGGUCAGGGACAUCGUCCAGAAUUGCUCUUCAGUACUUCAAGAACAAGGUCAAGGUCAACCAAUCAAGGACGUUCAGAGGUCCUUCUGGAGACGUGUUUACUGCAAAGGUCGUCAAAGAGGUCAACUGUGGAAAAUACCGAGCUGUUGUCACUGAAGUCAAAGGUCAUGGUUACUUUUGUGGAAAUUCUACUUUCACCUUGGAAGAAAACGAUGUUACCGGAAGAGGGUUUCUUUUACAGUAGCACCCUUGCAGUAAGACUUACCUAUUAAACACAGGGGUAUUUAGAAUUGUUCCUUGAAAAAAAUCAAAUUUUAGAUUUGAAGGUGCUGUUUUAUACAAAUCAUACGUUUUGGAAUCUUUAUAGUCGUUGCAUUCACACUUCUAAUAAUAGAUGUAUAAAGUGAAGUUGCUUUACGUUUAAUUAGUAUAGCUUUAUUAAUGUUGUGUUGUUUGAAUACCAAAUUGUUGCAAUAAAAAAUCUGCUACAAAUUUGUAGGUUACUUCUUGC